CUCUGAAUGAAUAGCUAAAGCAGGAAACUCAGCUGAUGCUCCAGGCACUGACAUCUUCUGCACAGAUCUCUUAAAGUGAAUGGGACAGCAGAAGAUGAUCUCUGUGUUGUGGCUUGCAUGCUGGAUCUCUGUGGCGUAUUCGUUGCAUAAUAGGUCACGUAUUGUUAUCCUUGUGCCUGUAGGAGAGGCUGUGGCUAUCAGCUGUCCACUAUUAUCUUCUCAGCAAUCUAACCGCAAUGUGACUUGGUACAGAAAUGGCAGUGUUAUACCACUAAUAGCAGAUAACUACCUGAGGAUCCAUCAGCGAAGGAACCUGCUUUGGCUUAUCCCUGCCAAGAUAGAAGAUUCAGGAUUUUAUGAAUGUCACAUCGGAAACUCAGAAACAGAUGGCAGGGAACUGCAAGUUUUUGAGAACGAUGAUGGUUUAUAUUUCAAUAAAAAUGCAGCCUAUGUACAAAAGCUACCCUUAGAGAACAAUGGAAAUUUGGUUUGUCCCGAUCUGGAAUAUUUUGAAAGUGAAAAUAGUUCACUUAUUUUGCAGUGGUCCAAGGCAUACAGUCCUGGAUUAUUUGAAGAUCAGAGAUUUCGAGCUUUAGAAUACAUCCUUUCGAUUAACAAUGUGAAUGAGAGUGAUAAAGGUAUCUAUGUGUGCCAAACAACAUAUACCUACAUGGGAAAAUGGUAUAAUGUUUCACGAGCCAUUAAUCUGAUCACUUACGCCUCUCCACUGAAAUUACCACAAAUUAUUUAUCCCAAAAACAAUUCAAUUGAAGUAGAACUUGGAUCAAAAGUUCUCAUAGAGUGUAAUGCUUCUGGAGACACACAAGAGAUAUUUACAGCCUGGGAGGUCAAUGGAACAGAACUUGAAGAGUUUGAUGACACACUGAGAGUGGAAACGUAUUCUCAUGUAUCUCUUUCUGGAAAAUGGAUAGUGGGAACAAAAUUCAAUAUCUCUGUAGUGAAAAACAAAGACUACUUGACAUUUCUGUGUUUUGUAUGGACUCCUACGUUUGAAGGAGCGGCUGUGUAUAUCAUGCUACAACGUCCAACUAAAAAUAUUCAGGGUUAUUUGAUUGGAGGACUGGUUUCACCCAUACUUGUUAUCCUGGCUGCGGUUCUUACUUACAAAAUUUUCAAGGUUGACAUUGUGCUUUGGUAUCGACAGUCCUGUCAGCCUCUAUUCAGGAAAGAAGUUUCAGAUGGAAAGCUUUAUGAUGCAUAUGUGGUGUACCCCUCAAAUGUAGCAAACUGCAUGUAUUCAUCUGAUAUCUUUGUCCUGAAAGUGCUACCUGAAGUUUUGGAAAAACAGUGUGGAUAUAAUCUCUUUAUAUGUGGCAGGGAUGAUUUACCAGGGCAAGCUGUGAUCACUGUUGUCGAUGAAGCUAUCAGACUAAGUAGAAGAGUGAUCAUUGUGUUAGUACCAGAUUCAUAUUCCAACAAAGUGCAGAGAGAUACCAAUGAACAACAAAUAGCUAUCUACAAUGCUCUUAUUCGGGAUGACAUUAAAGUUAUAUUGAUUUUGCUGGACAAAAUAAAAGACUAUGCCAACAUGCCGGAACCUAUAAAAUAUCUGAAACAAAGACAUGGGGUACUCAUAUGGAAAGGAGAUUUUUCAGAGCAAUCUCAGCUAGCAACUACAAAGUUCUGGAAAAAUGUGCGGUAUCGAAUGCCAGUUAGACAUAGUCCACCUUCCUUGGACCAUCAGUUGAUGCCAGUGACUCUUACAGCUACUUGGAUAUCAGAAGGAUGACAAGGUUACAGCUGAAUUGUAUUGUUUACCUAUGUCUUUUCUUAUGAAUGGUGCCAAGGUGCUUAUGGGUGUGCUGUAUGGCUAUGCAUAUGGCAUCUUUGAGGUUGGAAUCAUGCCCAGAAAUGUACAUUUGUAAGCACUUAAAGAGAUCCAGCUACAAUAGUCUGUGUUUAGCCAUGCACCUGAAGUUUUGGACCUACCAUGGGAAUUAUCAUGUGGAUGAUUAAGAGGAAAAAGGAAACAGCCGCUACUUUAUAUAAGAGAAUUACUCUACAGUUAAAAGAAAGAAAUAUGAAGGAACCUUUUCAGGUUAUGCACAUCUUUAAAUGUUUUAACCAAAAACCAAGAGUUUGAAUAAAACAGCUGCUGUUUGUAGCUGCUUCACUCUUCAUGGCCUUGUUUGUUCAUCCUUUAAAACUACAGCUCUAUAUACUGUGCAUAUUACUCUAGUAUCUCCCAAGGAGAAAUAGAACACUGUAACUCGUUAUCCAGGUAGAUUGCCUUGCCAAAAUGUGAAUGCAAAAGCAAAGAAUGCUUGGUUCAUAUUUUUAUGAAAUGUUAAAUUUUUUAAUCCUGACAUAAAUUAUGAGAUUGAUUUUGAUGUUAAUUGGGUAGUAGGGUGGGAUUUUUUAAAAAGCUUAAGACAUCUGCACAGCAUUCAAAUAGUUAAACAUGUAAUUCAGUUACGGGCACUUUGCAAUGCUAUGGGCACUUUGCAAUGAGCAGUAGCUGUACUUAAACAUAAAUGCCUUAUUUUUAUGGCAGAGGUUUGCAAUAAACUCUUAAGAAUGUUAUAAUUUUUAUAAUUAUAUGAUUGCUAUGAAUAGCAUAAUA